AUGGUGGAGAUUAUUUCAUUGACUUUUUGGGCACUCGGGAUGAACGGCAUGGGUCUGCUCAUCUCCGCGCUCAGGUCGCGUCCGGAACAGCGCGAAAACUUGGGGUUAAAUCCCAGGAAGGCCAUCCCAUCAUGCAUACAGAUACCAGGUUCUCCAUCGUCAGGGUAUUCUUACGGAUACUCACACAUGCAGGUUGCGUAUUCGAGCCGCUUGUAA